UCUGGUAAGUCAGAAUUACUUCUUUAAAGGAAGCGUUUUCUCAGAAUUCGGGUUAUUUAAUAAGCAGUAAAAGCAGAUGUUUAGACUGAGAGCAGCUCCGCUGGACUUCUGUUUAAUUGUAGAAUCAUUACGUCACAGUAGUUUAGGUGAGAAAUGGGCGGGGCUUCUAGUGUUUAUAAAUAAUAGAGUUCAGUAAAAAUUCUCUUUACAGCUCCUGCUGAAGCUCUUCUACUGUGUUCUUCUGUAUAUAUAUAUAUAUAUAUAUAUAUAUAUAUAUAUACACACACACACACACACACACACACACACACACACACACACACACACACACUCACUGAGAAACUCCAUUUCCUUGAUUCAUCUGGAACAUCUGGAACAUCUGGAAGCAGGGAAGAUGAAGUUGAGGGUGAGAUUGAACAAGCAGACGAGUCGAGUGGAGCUGGAGGGACCCGAGCCGACCCUGUCCCAACUCAGUACCCGGGUCCGAGAGCAGGUUCUGCCUUUAGCUGGACUCAGUGCUGACACAGAGUUCAGUCUGUCUCUGAACGGGAAGGAGCCCCUGGUGGACACGGGGCAGACUCUGUCCUCCUGCGGCGUGGUGUCAGGGGACGUACUCAGUGUGAUUCUGCCUCCUUCUCAUUCUUCAUCCUCCUCACCAUCACCUUCCUCUCAGCAGGGACGGAGUGUUCCAGGUGUUCAGCAGGACACACUGCAGGUUCACGCCGGUGCAGUGGAGCUAAGCGCUAGCAGCAGUGAGAGCAGAGCGAGUGCAUCUGCUUCUGAGAUGGUGGAGAUGGAUAUGGAGAGAGGUGAGGCUGAGGGUGAGGCUGAGGGUGAGGGUGAGGGUGAGGAGGAAGCAGUAGGUCUCUUCAUCCCCGAGCCCAUGCUGUGCUGUGAGGCUGAGGAAGGGAAGGUUCCUCACUCGCUGGAGAUGCUGUACCAGGCUGCUCAGUGCACCAGCGCCGCCGACUGCCUGCUGUUAGCCACACACGUCUUACUGCUGGAGACCGGCUUCCUACCGCAGGGUUGUGAGGUGAAACAUGGGGAGAUGCCGAGCGGUUGGCGUGCAGCAGGAGGCGUGUACAGACUGCAGUACUCUCACCCACAGUGUGAGGGCAGUGUGGUUCAGGUGGUCGCAGUACCGAUGGCUCAGACUCUCGUCCUGCACGCCACUCUGAAGAUAAGCAGCUCAGAGUUUUCCAGGAAGCUGGUCCUGAAAUCGGACGUGUUCGUGACGAAGGCGUGGGCAGGUGGAAACCCUGGAGUGGCCUACAGAGAUCUGCAGAAGCUCUCCUGCGUUUUUAAGGACCAGCUCGUUUACCCACUCAUCGCAACCGCUAGAGAAGCACUGGAUCUCCCUGCACUGUUCGGUCUGGCUACACUGCCUCCUGAGCUGCUUUUAAGGAUCAUGCGGUUGCUGGAUGUUCAUUCGCUUCUGAAGCUGUCUGAAGUAUGCAGACACCUGAACUGUGUUACCCAGGAUGCCUCACUGUGGAAACGUCUCCUGCACCGUGACUUCAGAGUGAAUAUUCACGCAGACACGUAUGACCGAGACACACGCUGGAAAGAGCUUUACAAAAGAGAUUUAAGCAGAAGAAGAAACAGAGCAGAUUCAGAUUUUUUCCUUUCCCCGUUCCUAUGAUCUGUCCCCGCCCCAUUCCUCUCCCACUUCCCUUCCUGCCUCCCGGCAUCGUCGGAGGAGAGCACGAUCUUAGACCGAUCCUGCCACGCCCACGCUACGACCCCAUCGCCCCGUUUCCGGUCCCUGAUCCGAGUAUCAGGUUUCCCUUCACCAGACGCCUGCUGAGGCCAGGCAGGAACCGAGCACCAGACAUCAGGAGAGGCUUCAUCUGAACACAUCUGCACACAGCUGCAAGUCAAAGAGGCGUCUGAACAUCUUACCAUUAUAAACCAUUCCUUCAUGUUCAGGAAGUUUCCGGUUUUCUCACACACACUUUCAUUCCUGCUAUUAAACAUCAGAAUUAUAGCAACUAA